AUGGCGGCCAGUUCGCCGAUCAAAUGUGACAUCUUGAUAAUCAACAUCAUUGCAGUACAUGGCCUGAAUGGUGGUGCGUACACCACAUGGACCCAUGAUAAUGGGACGUUUUGGCUUCAAGACUUCUUGCCAAAGCUUCUGCCUGGAUGUCGCGUUUAUACCUAUGGAUACCCUUCUCAGUUUGCCUUCAGCAAGUCAUUAGCAGAGGUACAGGAGUACUCGCGACUACUUUUGAGCUCAAUAAGAGACGAAUACGAAAAUUGGGAUCUGGGCUCUCGUACUAUCAUCUUUGUCUGCCAUAGCCUCGGAGGCAUUGUUUUUAAACAGGCUCUAGUGAUUGCUCAUGAAGAUGACGUGGUGUAUGGGGAAAUUCUUAAAUCCAUUGCUGGUGUUGUCUUCCUCGGAACACCACACAAUGGCAGCGGCGUUGCGAAUUUUGCAAAUACCGUUGGCAAAAUAAUCAAUGCCAUCAUAACAACAGCAUCUUCUGGAGUUCAAACUAGAGCCAUCAGAACCGACCUGUUCAACUACCUCAAAUACGAUUCUAAAGCUCUCAAGGACCUCGAUGUUUCAGUUCGAAAUCGAUUCCAUGAUUUAACUGUGGUCUCAUUUUGCGAAACUGAGCAGGAGUCUCCGUUCCCUUUCCCGAUUGUCGAUAAAUACUCGUCAACUUUGGGCAUACCAGGAGAGGAGAUCAUUCCUCUAGGGGAGAACCAUCGGAGCAUAUGUCGAUUCGGUGGUGAGACAGAGAGCUACAAAAACGUUUCCCGAUCCCUGCGAAGAAUCGCAAGAAACGCUCUAGCCAGAGAGCAGGCGUUCAAGCGAACAAGCAUCCCUUCCUCUGACAGGACUCUCGAUGAUUCCGAAAAGACCUGUUUCAAACAACUCGGAGUCUUUGACGUGGCGGACGUCAAAAGGAUAUCACCCUCACCAGCCAAGGGCACCUGCCAAUGGAUUCUAGGCCAUCCUAGGUUCGUUUGCUGGCUUGAUCAAACGGAAAAUACCCUUCUGUGGCUUACAGGCCGUCCCGGCUGUGGUAAGACGAUAAUGUCGCUAUUCUUGGCUAAACAGUUAGAAGAAGCUCGGUCAAAUCGAGCUCCGAGCAAUGUUUGCGUAUUCUUCUGCAAUGACAGACUCAGCGCAGAAGACAUCUUGAAUGGAUUAAUAUUUCAGAUCAUCAGUCGUCAUCGUUCACUCAUCCGACAUGUGAAGAGAGAGUUCGAGAUUCAAGGCCAACACAUGUUUCGGUCAUUCACAACACUUUGGAAUCUACUGGUCAAGAUUGCAACAGAUCCAAAAUCUGCCACAACUUCUAUCAUAAUUGAUGCAUUGGAUGAGUGUAAGAAAAUCACUCGCGAUAAUCUUUUGCUCUCGAUUCGAGACUUCACGAACACAUCAAGCGAUUCAACGGGAAGCAAACAGCAUGUCAAAUUUAUUUUGACUGGCCGCCCUGAGCUAGUUCAUCUCGAGAAGAGCGUCGGCAACGUCGCUGAGCACGAAAUUGUAAUUGACGAAGGUCAAACAGGCUAUGACAGAGACCUACGGAUCUUCAUCCAACAGAGACUGGACGAAAUUUGUCAAAGACACAAUUUGUCCCACGAGACGAUGGAAUUGCUUCGUCAAUCACUCUACUCCAAAGCCGGCCAAACCUUCCUCCUGCUUGCGUCAAAGAAGGACAUUCAAAACAUCAUUACGCAGAUUCCACCGGCCCUGGAGAAGACGUAUUUGUGCUUCUUAUCCGAAAUACCUUCUAAGUACAUAAGCAAAGCUCUGAUGCUCCUCAAGCUUAUAAUCAACAUCGCCUUCGCAAUAGAUGCGACUCAUCGCACGUUAGGAGAAGUUACAUCGAACUGUCAACCUGCUAUUUUACUCACCAUCCAAGUGAUGCUAGUCCACCCAUCGGCCAAAGAAUUCCUUUUACAACGUAAGAGCGCCGGUGGCGACUUUCCCGCGAUAUACGCGAUUAGCGAGGAGGAAUCUGCGGCUCUCACUGCAUCCGCAUGUAUGCACUACUUGCUGCUCAAGGACUUCUCUGUGGAUCUUUUCGAACUUGAAACUUCGCCUACCGAGUCUAAUUCCGACUACUCUGAUAUGAUCGAGGGCUCGGUGGUUUCCAUACCAUACGGCAGCUUUUGGAACGAAGGCACAGACGACCUCGAUGCCUUUGGCUUGUUCAAAGACCCUGGUCUCCUUGAUGCGGAGAUAUGCCAAGCCCUCGUUUCAAAAUACGCUCUCUACCAGUAUGCAUCUCUACAUUGGACUGAACAUUUCGCCCUCUGCGAAACUACUGCACCUGUGGAGCUAAGAGAAACUGCCAAGAAAUUACUUGAUACAGAAACUCUUAACUGUUCCAACUGGCUGCGUGUCUUUUCCGCGGAGUUCGAUGCAAUUGGCCGCAGCAUCCCUAACAAGCCUGAUAAAGUCACUCUGGCGGCUUACUUCGGCCUCCACGAGACUCUUAACGAUUUGGUCAGUAGUGACAAAUCAAUUCCCCCCGUACAGAGGGACCAGGCCUUGUUCUGGGCUGCCCAUGAGGGCCAUGUUAGGAAUGUUAGCAUACUCCUUGGAGUAGAUGCAGAUCCGAAUGCUCGGAGUUCUAACAGGGAGACGGCACUCAUCGCUGCUGCUCGGAACAACCAUCUUAACUGUGUAGUCACCCUUUUGGCAGACCAACAGACUCAUCUGAACAUUCGAGGCCCGAAGGGGCGGACAGCGUUGGCAUUUUCAUGUAGCAGUGGACACGACCAGGUUGUCAAAGAACUGCUAAGUCGAAAUGAUUGCAUGACUGAAGAGGAGGACGAUAGUGGGGCCACUGCGCUAUUUUGGGCCAUUGGAGGUAGCUACAUCUCAAUCGUCUCCGAGUUGGCGAAUCUUCCGACAGUUGAUAUAAACCAUCGUGACAAGAAAGGCCGCACGCCCUUGUCCUGGGCAGCGGGAGAUGGAAUGGAGGAAGUCGUGAAGGUAUUGCUCAAUAUGCGCGAUAUCGACUCCAACCUGGAAGACUCCAACGGACGAUCACCUCUCUCCUGGGCAGCUGGUAACGGCUGCACAGCGGCAGUCAGAGUUCUCCUUCGAAACAAUGAGGUGGACAAGGCAAGUCUUGACAAAGACCAGAGGAAUGCAAUCUCCUGGGCGAGUGCAGGUGGCCACUCGGAUACACUGCGGAUGCUUCUCAAUCGCGGAUGUCCGGGAGUCGAUAUCAAGGAUGUGGAUGGCUGGACUCCUCUGGCAUGGGCAAUUCAAAAUGAUUCUCCGGGCACUGUGGAAGUACUCCUUUCGAGCGGGUCAGUCAACCUAGAACAAUCGGAUCAUAGUGGAAGAACACCACUAUUUUGGGCGGUUGAAUACGGCCAUAUUGAGGUUAUCAGGAUACUUUUGCGCGAAGGCGCUGACCCAGAAAGACAAAGCCAUAAGGGCGAAACGCCACUCAUUAGGGCAGAGAAAGUCGGACGAGCUGAUAUCUCAGACGAACUUCUCAACCAUAAUUACGAUCUCCGUGCCGAGAAUAAACAGUAG